GGCGAGCUGAGCCAGGGUCUUCACUUCCCGCUUGCCCAUCGCCAGCAACUCGAAGCGAAGGCUGGAGAUGUCCCUCUUGAUGGCUUUCAGUUCGCCUGCGGGACAAGAUGUUUCGCAACCGAGAUGCUGAGAACACGAUGAUGUGUCUUUUGACGAGGCGGCUUAUGAUCUUCUGGAAAAUGGAAAUAGAGCGGCCUCUGCUGGACAAUGUCUGUACACGCACAGCAACCGUUGCCACGGAAGUGCGUCUUGAGUCGUUUAAUAAUGGCUGCACCGUUCAUAAUCAUCCAGAGAUGAGUGAUGUCGAGCCUCCAGCAGGAGAGAGCAGCACUGGUGGAGGAGCAGAAGGUCAACAGAGAGCGAGCUCGCAGAUGUGUGCAGGAGACCAACCGCAGGCGCAGGGAUCUGAGGGAGAAACAGCGGCUGUGGGUGCUGCAGGAGCAACAGCGGCGUGAAGAAGUCCUGCAGCAACGCCGCCAGAAGAUUCAUGCUGUCACUGAGCACUUCCAGAGGUCUUUCGUCCCUCCCUCUCAGAGGCCGAGCCAAUGCGAGCGACUCGACUUGGGAAAGGACUGUCCAAAUUUGGAAGAUGCUCUCAGUCAAAUCCGAGGCCCCAAGCAGGUGUCCGCCAACCACAGUCAAACAAGCAACUCCCCCGCUUCCAGACCCCCCGCCGCUGCGUUGUCAGAAUCGCCCCGACAACACACUCCCGCCGCGGUGCAGGCGUACGUGGGACGUCAGGAGCAGAGCACUUAUGCCCGCAAGUGGCAGGAACUUCCAAAAAAGCAACUGGAGCAUAGCGGACAGGAUGACAACAUGUCCUUCUGCUCCAAAACCGACAGUGUGUGCAGUCAGGACAGCUUGGAGAAUGAAAAACCCAGCAAGAGCACCUUCCUGCACUACUCUGAAAAGCCCGUCCAAGACCUCAAGUGCGCCAACGACAUGCGUCAUCCGCUGUCUGUGCCCGGGCCCACUUUGGUGGCCGUGAAGCCGCACAUCCACAGGCUCCCUGCCGACCUCAACUACAACCUGCCCACCCAGAAGGAAACCUGCGCCUCUGUCAAUAACCUCAACAAGUUCUCAGCGGACUUCGCCAUGUGGAAGCACAUCAAUACGGGAAGCCCGAAGUGCCAACUGAGUCACGAAUCCAGCGGGUCCGUGGCAUCGUCGCCCUCGGCCUGCAGAGUCCAGUUCACCAAAGGCAUCCUUAAAACGACGCCCGGAGAAACGCCGGCAGAAUCCCCACGGCCUUACAUCAACGCCAUCAAACCCGUCCAGUUCUCUGUGUGCGACAGCAUCGAAGUGGCCAAAGCCAGGUCCAAGGCCGCGGACUCCAAGAACUCCUGCAAGAAACUGCGCUGGCUGGACGAGGAGGCCGGCGAACCCGACGGGACGCGAGCCAGAGACGGCCACUCGCAGAAGUGGGCAGAUGUCGGGGUUCAAGUCAACGCCGAUGCCAUGGGCUCGCAUGUCCCUCGCGGGGACUACUCGACAAGAGUCGGGACGGCUCUGCUUCCCUCGGGCUUUGUCGCCCAAACCCCGGUCCCGGUGUCCAGGAUCCGGGGGGAGUUGCAGACCACCAUGAAGCACGGGGGCCCCGCCAGGGGCUCGUAUGGCAGCGACCAAACCCGCGCCAGCCAUCAGCUCCUUCUUCCGCCUCCUGAGGAUGCUCCGCACAAAGACACCCAGCGACUUAUGACGGGCGACAGUUCCGCCAUCAAUGCUCACCCGACACCUGCAUUUCCCCGCCCUACGCCUGACGGCAUCUGGAAAGGUUCCCCUGCUUUCAGUCAGCCGCCCACACCGGGGGGCGGCGGUCGAGGCCGGAGGGAAAAUGGGUUGGACCGCACCCCCACCGAUGAGGAGAUCUAUCAGCUGUGCCACGAUGUCCGCAACGCCUUUGUCAGCACCGCGGGGCAGCAACUGGACACGUCAUUAGACAAAGCCGCGACCCCCCGAUGUCAGGCUUUCACGGGUGGGCGGGCCACAAACAAAUCCGCUGUGGAUCAGAAUCGCCGACCUUCUGGGUCAACCAGUAAGAAACCUGAAUUCUUUAAGAUAACAAAUCUCCAGGCUACAAAUCCAGUAGGACUCUCUCCCAAAGGCCACUACACGGAUCAGCCAAACAAAAGCGUCAAAAGCGGCAGUCAACGCCGCCUCAGCGACCUGUACGCCUACGACAACCACAACAAAGCACACAAGAUCACUUCGCAGCCACACCAGCAGCAGUACCAGCGCCGACACCCGGCGCCGAUGUCCAUCUCCAUGGAGGAGCAGAGAAUCUUUCAAUCCCUGAACCGACUCAACUGCCAGCUGUUCCGCAAAGGUGGCUUGCAUUGACCCGAGUCCAGCGGUAGCAUUUAAUUUCUAACCGAACGUGCCUUAUCAAAGGACAAAAACAGGCCCAGGAGCCUGAUUUCAAUUUCAAGCCUGCAUAGUCAGCGUUUUUUUGUGGAACAAUGUGGGCAAUUAUUUGUAUCUUUAAUGUACAUAGUACAAUCAAAAGUAAUAUUUGUAACAAACUCAAACUUACUGUUGGCUCAAUUUAAAAAAAAAAAAAAAAAAGCUUCCUCUAGCUAAAUAACAUGAGCCAAAA